CAGAUAGCCGGUGGUCGCAGCAGUGCGCGCGCGUUCGUGACGCUUUAAUUUCACAUCCAAUAAAUUGUGAUUUGAAAAAGUGCUGCUAUUCAAACAUGGUGAAUAUCUUCUCUCUGACGUGGAAACAAUUAUGCUGUCCUAAACGUCAGUUAAACAAGGCAACUGCCAUUAGCUCCUACUCAACAUAACAAGAAACUUCUCUGAAACAACAAACACAACAAUAACAACACUAACUACACUUACUCAACAACAUCAGCAACAACAACACCACCACCAACAACAACAACAACGUUAAAUCCAAAUACAACAACAAGAAGAACAACUAAAUGGAAAACAAAAUUAGCUGCUACAAACAAGAAAAAGAAAAUUAUUGCUAGUUUUUCCAAGGGAUUCAACGCAAGUGGUGUUAAUUACAAGUUGCAAGAGGAGUCAGACACAGAUAUAGAGAAAGAGAGAGAGAGAGCAAGCGAGCGAUAGAGAGAGGCAGAGAGUAGAUUUUUAUUAACUGAUUAUUAUAAAUCUUAUUAUAAUUAAUUUAUUAGCCAGUGUAGUCUAGUGUCGUCCAGUGUUGUCGCACUAUUACAGUUUGUGUUUAGUCUUUAAUAUUAACUUAUUGCAUACUUUUAGCCGGAUAGCUGAGCUAAGUUUCAGUUUUUGGCUUCAGCUUUAGCUUCAGCUUCAGCUUCGAUCGAGGAGGCUCAAAUAAUAACCCGAGGGGUUUGUGGUUAUUGUUUUGUGUGCCACAACGCGACCGUACUUCUAAUUUUCAUUAUGAAAAUAACAACAAUGAAGUCUAAGCGCAAAUAUGGCUGUUUAGAAAAUAUUUGAAAAGAAUUUUUCAAUUAUUAAUAAUUAAGAUUAUUUUCCACAUAUAUAUAUUAUUUCUUUAUUGUAGUAUUUGUAUUUUAUAAUUUACCAACACGUUUGUUUUGCACAAAAAGAAGAAACAAUCCCUAAAACCCGUCCAAAAAUUUUACACACACAAUUUGGUUUCGAGCAAGCAGACAGACAGACGGACAAAUAGACAGGUAGACAGGCAGAGAGUUGGCAAAAGUUUUAAUUAGGUUGCAAUUAGUAAAACAACAACGAUGGAGAGCUACUCACCAGAUUUGCUAUGGAUGGUCAUUAUUGGCUUUCUGAUUGCAUUUGUUUUGGCCUUUGGCAUCGGUGCCAACGAUGUGGCCAAUUCCUUUGGCACCAGCGUCGGCUCCGGCGUUUUAACCAUACGUCAGGCAUGCGUGCUGGCCACCAUUUGUGAGAUUUCCGGCGCUGUUUUAAUUGGCUACAAGGUGUCGGAUACGAUGCGAAAGGGAAUACUCGAGGUUAGUUUGUACGAGGGAGAUGAGGAUGUGCUGAUGCUUGGCUGUGUUUCGGCGUUGACAAGCAGCGCAAUUUGGCUGCUGGUGGCCACGUUUUUGAAGUUGCCCAUUUCGGGUACGCACAGCAUUGUUGGCUCCACGAUUGGUUUCUCGUUGGUGGCACGCGGCGUGGAGGGUCUGAAGUGGUCAACGUUGGGCACAAUUGUUGGCUCGUGGUUCAUUUCGCCCGUGAUGAGCGGCAUUGUUAGCAUUCUAUUGUAUUUGGCCAUAAGACGUUUCAUCUUGUGCGCCCAAGAGCCGCUCAAGGCCGGCUUUCGUUCGCUGCCCAUUUUCUAUGGCUGCACGUUCUUCAUCAAUGUUAUUAGCGUGGUGCUCGAUGGUCCCAAGUUGCUUUAUAUGGACAACAUACCCGCUUGGAUAGCGUUGAGUGUUAGCGUUGGCUUGUCGCUGCUGGUGGCGCUAUUGACGCAGUUGGUCGUUGUCCCACUGCAGCGACGGACAAUUGCCAAGAAGCUGCGCGCCCAGCAUCCCGUCAAAUUCAAUUUCGAAGACUCUGUGGAAUCGUCUCCAUCGGGCAGUCCCAAGAAGCAGCGCCGUCCGCUGUCGCUGGUCAGCGAGGGUAAACCCUUGCCGGCUAUUGCCGAAAUCACCGAGCUGGUCUCGCUCAGCGACAAUUCACCGAGAACGUUUAAGCUGGCGCCAUUUGGCCUCGCUGCCAAGAAUAAUAAUGCACCGGCCGAGGACUACCGUAUCGAUCCGGAGCUGAUACGCAAGGCGGAGGAUCUGCUGGGCAAGGCGAGUCUGGAUAACACAGAUCUGACUGUGACCAGUUUGAACUACAUCGAUGAGCAGCAGCAGCAGCAGCAACUCCAACAACGUCAAAAUGGACGCAAACUUCAGGAGUGCUUCAAACGCGUCCAAUCGCCCAAGGAGGAGCAUAAAUCGCAGCAACAGCAGCAGCAGCUUGGAGCAGCCAGCAAUGCAAUUGCGAGCAACAAUCCCACCACCACGACCAACAACAAUCUGCAGGUGGUGGAAAGUGGCGGUAGUCUGGAUCUAAUGAUGAUUAGCUCCACAUUGUCACCCAAUUCCAGCAAGGUGCCGCUUAUCGAGAGCAAGGAAGCGCUCAAUGAACAGGUCGAGGAGCUGAAGCGUCAGGCGCAAAGUAAUGCCAACAAUCGCGGCGCAGAGACACCCGAAGUGUCCAUGCUCUUCUCGUUCCUGCAGAUAUUGACGGCAACGUUUGGCAGCUUCGCGCAUGGCGGCAACGAUGUGAGCAAUGCCAUUGGUCCCCUCAUCGCCCUUUAUAUGAUCUACCGCGAGGGCUCCGUAAUGCAGAAGGCGGAGAGUCCCAUUUAUAUAUUGAUAUACGGCGGCAUUGGCAUCUCUGUUGGCCUUUGGCUCUGGGGACGGCGCGUUAUCGAAACCAUUGGCAACGAUCUGACCAAGAUCACCUCAUCGACUGGCUUCACCAUUGAAGUUGGCGCAGCCAUCACCGUUCUGCUGGCCAGCAAAAUUGGCUUGCCCGUUUCGACGACACAUUGCAAAGUUGGUUCGGUUGUUUUUGUGGGACACGUGAGCGCUGCCGGCCGCAAACAGCAGCUUGAGGAGCACAAACAGAUGGAGCAGCUCGAACAGCAGCAGCCGGAGGCGGCGGCGGAUGGCAGCGUCGAUUGGCAUUUGUUUCGGAAUAUUGCCUAUGCGUGGAUAGUUACUGUGCCGGUUACGGCUAUUCUCAGCGCCGGAAUGAUGUACAUGCUCUGCGCCCUCGCUGUCGAUGAUAUGGGUGGGCAUGCUUAGGACCCGAUCGAGCCAUUUCAAUUAUUAAUUUGUAAAAGCAAACUAAUGUUUCGGAAAAAUCUUAAGCGAAAAAACAAAAACGAAAGAACAAAACCAAAAAAGGAACACCUUAAAAAAUUUAAACUUAACACAACAACAAAUUACUCACCUAACUAAGCAAAAUGUUAUGAAAAGAAAGAAGCAUUUUACUUAAUGUCUAGCAUGUCUGAUUAUAACUGAUAUGGGUAUUGAUAUUGCUUAUGAACUCAUUAUAAUAUUGUGUGUGAACAAUCCUUAUUUUUUUUGUAUAUCCCAACAUAAAUUUAUUGCUUUUGUAUCAGUACUUAAAAUGCAGCGCAUUUUUAUUAGCACUCAGCCUUUAAUUUGUUUACUACAUUUCAAUUACAAAAGAGUUGGUUCGAAUAUCUUUUUGACAGCUUUAAGAAAAGUGUAUUUUACAUUCGAUAAAUUUCAAAGCAAUAGAGCAAAACUUAUGAAUAAAAUACAAACUACUACAGAAAACCUCAUAUAAUAAAA